CACGAGGGAUGGCAACGGAGGCGGCGGCGGCCGAGGCCUGCCGCUGAGGCGAAACUGAACCACUGCGGGGCAACGGCCGGGCGGGCAGAUUGCAAUGGAGCUUCUUGAGGAAGACCUGACAUGUCCCAUUUGUUGUAGCUUGUUCGAUGAUCCACGCGCACUACCAUGUUCACACAACUUCUGUAAGAAAUGUUUGGAAGGGAUCCUAGAAGGAAAUGCCCGAAAUGUGAUUUGGAGGCAGUCUCUCUUCAAAUGUCCCACCUGCAGGAAGGAAACUACAGUUACAGGAGUCAACAGCCUGCAGGUUAACUAUUCCCUAAAAGGCAUUGUGGAGAAAUAUAACAAAAUUAAGGGAACAACAAAAAUGCCAGUGUGUAAGGUGCACAGCGGCCAGCCUCUCAACAUUUUCUGCCAGACAGACACACAGUUGAUAUGUGGUAUCUGUGCCACUCGAGGAGAUCAUAUCAAGCAUAUGUUUUGCUCCAUUGAAGAUGCCUACUUUCAGGAGAAACUUGCUUUCGAGACCCUGUUCCAGGGGUUUGAAAUAUGGCAUUGCGGGGAUGCGCUUUCUCGACUGGACACCCUGGAAGCUAGUAAGAGGAAAGCUCUCCAGAUGCUGACCAAAGACUAUGACAGGGUGAAAGAUUUUUUUGAGAAAUUACAAUAUACCCUGGAGCAGAAGAAGAACGAGAUACUUUCAGACUUUGAGACGAUGAAGCUAGCUGUUAUGCAGGCUUACGACCCAGAAAUCAACAAGCUGAACACUAUCAUACGAGAGCAACGAAUGGCUUUUAACAUUGCGGAAGCCUUUAAGGAUGUGUCUGAACCCAUUGUGUUUUUGCAGCAGAUGCAGGAGUUUCGAGAGAAAAUCAAAGUGAUCAAAGAAACCAGAUUGCCUUGUCCGACCGUAGACAUCGACGCCACGAUGAAAGAUUUUGAUACUAGCCACUGGGAGCAGUUUAAACUAGCAGAUGUGGACAAACUUUCUUUACCUCAGGAGAAAACUGCUUUCAUCCCGCCACUCUUUUCACGCAAGUUUGUUGUGACCGCUUUUCUUUCCGUGCUUAUCCUUGCUACCAUCAGAAUGCCGUUCAUGGAAGCUGUACGCGACGCUCUCCUGCACUGGAAAGCUCUUUUCUCGGCAUUUGGCUCGGGGUAUCUGGUUUACCUAACAGAGGUAGUGGAUCAUGCUGUGUUCUACUGGGAGAAAGUGACUGAUGGUGCUUCUGUGAUGAGUGAAAAAUGUGUAAACUGCGCCCUUGUGAUGUUGGAAAACGUUGCUCAAUUUGUCUGCAAAUACAAACUUUUAUAGCUGCCGUUAGUGCACAAGAAACCUGACCUGGAAAAAGUGAUUGUUUGUUGUCUUUUUUUAACUAAGUACACUGGGCAUUGAUAAGCUGGAGUGGGUUUUUGAAACUCUCUUGGUUUUUCAGGAACAGAUGUGGUUUUCCGAGGUUCAUAAGUUGAAAUAUUUAAUAUCUUCUAAUUCUAAGGGGGGUGACUUUUAAUGGAAACAAGUAUACGUCUAUUCUUUGGGGGACUUUUGUAUGUGAAAGACUCAGUAGAUGUAUGUAUAAUGUGAAUGAAAUUCACACAGCAGAAUAUCUAAAACUUUUUAUAAAAUACAAUAAACUUCAGUUAAUCUCAAAGUCAAGGAGAUCCUUUGGUAAUGACUGAUAAUGAUCUUAAGAAAUAGAUUGGAGUGCCUACUGUAUAAAUUAUAAUCAUGUAUACCACCGGUCAUGCUUUGAAAAUAAAGUACCUAUC